AUGCAGCGGGUUCUGCUUCAGAGGCAGGCAGAGGUGUGUUUGCAAUCCAGCGAGCACCGGAUUGUGCGAACAGAAGCGGUGCGCACGUUGCAAGAGGUCGUUGAUCCAGGAGAUCAGGCGGCAGCACAAGCGUUGGGAACUGUGGUGCUGGAUGAAGAUCGUUUUGUACAUCGAGCCUUGGUCGAUGCCCUUGUCGUCCACAGCGCUGAUCCUCAAGCCAGGUCAGCAUUGCACGAGCUAGCGCAGGACCACGACCGUUUUGUCCAGAACGCAGCACGACACGCCAUCUCGGAGCUUGGAGACGUGCAAUCCAGUGAGCUGGAGGCGAAAAUGUCGCGAGCAAGCGGUCCUCCCUAUGUGCCACGACCUCCACCAGGCCGCACCGUGGUCAAAACUGGACGGCGGUUCAUUGGCGGAAGCUUCCGACCCCAAAGUCGGCCAGUAGGCCUCCGGGCUCCCCCAGCCCAGAAGGUGCCGCCGCCCAGACUUUGGAUAGAGGAUGCCAAUGCAGACACCGACUGUUCCGAAACUGAAGUGCGUACCGGCAGGCGGCUCAGUGCAGAGUAUGCAGUUACUGUUCCCGAAUGGGCCGAUGUACCUCGAGCCAUGGCUGUCUCUGGGGACGAAUUCGUCAGCUGCCACCCGGUACCUGGCGGGGUGAAGCUUGUUCUGCGGCGCUCCGGAAAUCCGGCCCGCGAGCCGUCUCCUGACUAUACGGUUGCAGAUGUGCAAGGCACGCUGGAAGAGCUGGAGCAGGAAGUUCCAGAAGUAGACGAAGACCAGUUUGAUGAAAACCAGUGGAUGAAUGACAACCGACUCCAAUGUCUUGCAGAAGGUGCCGAAGUCUGCCCUCCAUCAGAAGCCCGCCGGCGUCCUGCUGCACCAAGACGCCAGGAGAGAGGUGAGUUCAGCCGCUCCGCAUGGCCGGACGGUCCGCGACGAUUGCCCUUGGGUACCAUCCGGAGCCGGACGGCCAUCCUCAGCGAGACCAUCCUCAGCGAGACCAGCCUCGCGGCCGUCGUCCGCCAGGCGUCCCGCAUCAGCUAUGCCGGCAACAUGCUGCCCAAAGGACUUGACGCGAAAUCGCCAGGCUUUGCCAUGCUAAUGCAAGACUGGGUAUCUUCCUACCAGAAGACACGUGUCCGUGCUCGAAUGGCCUGUCGUCCUUUGUGGGGCGAAG